AUGCAAUAUUUAAGUGAUGCGAUUAGUGAAGGCACCACAACCGGAGGGCUCAAAGAGCACGACAGCCGAGCAAUUUUGAUGGCCGAAACGAGAGUGUUUGGUGGCUGGCGACCGCUCGAAGCCGCCGCCGCCGCCGCCGCCACGGCCGACCGAAUCGAGAGCGGAUGCGCGCACGCGACCACCAAAAAGAACGGCGAAGCGACUAGCCGCGCGAAGCCGCCGCCGCCGCCUCCGCCACUACCACUAGGCGGCGAUUAG